UUACAUCGCGUUUCGUGUUUUUUUAUGCGUUUGUUUGCGAGCUCGGCGAGUGUAAAACUGUAAAAACUUUGUGUUGCUUCUCAAAACGAAAUUCAAAUUAGUGUUCUGCUACGAUGCAUUUCUGCUAGUAGUCCUAAUUUAGUUUUAUUUUGUUGUAUAUUUUUUGUUGUUUGUGCGGUGGUCUCGAUGGACAACAUUCCUUUGCAGUUCCUGACCAGCAUAGAAAACAAUCCACAGGCCACAACCGCUUUCAGUUACAACAUCGAAAACGAUUUACCAUUCAUAAUGUCGGCACUGGAGCAGAAUCUCAAUUUGAAGGAGGAUCAAAAGGAGCAACGAUUGGAUACGGAGAAUGACGACUCGGAUGAUGAGGACGACGAGUCUCCGGGAUGCAGUUCAACACCAACCAAUCGGAUCCAGCAAAGGCGACGAUCGCCACGAGCUAAAUCUCUCGACAGCAAGUUGCACAAAAUUAAGCGGCGAACGAUCGCCAAACCGGUUAAAAUCCAGAUCAAUCUGAACGCGUCGGAGAACGAAAUCCGCAACUACUACAUGGUCAACAGCAAGAAAAUGGAUCUCAAACCGAGCAAUCUGGAAACGAUUUUCGAGGAGGGAUCGCCCGCGGUAGCCAAGUGCAAAUUUUUCGGCCAACGGAAAGUUCGCCGCAGUUUGAACUGUUCCGAUGGGAUCAAUGUGACCAAAACGACAACAAAGGCGCGCAAGAAUCGCGUGAGGAGACUGCUUGGGGGUGCUCCAAAAUUCGAACGAAUGGCGAUGGAUUCGUUUUGGCAGCGGCUCAAAGCCAUGCAGAACGAAAGUGGAGAGGAUGACGAACAACUCGUUGAUCCUAAACUAAAUCAAACGGUGUGACCGCUGGCAGCUGCUUCCGCCGGUUGAAAGUGGAUCAACUACUGUCGACUGAUAUGUUUUGUAUUGGUUUUUUUUACAAUAGGUUUAGAUUUAUUCUCGUAAAACAUAAGAAUUUUCUCUACACGUUCAAUAAAGUCGUCCUUGGUACAAACUGCAAAACAAAA